AUGGCCAUAGAUCUAGAUCGAACUGCCUUACUGCUGAUUGACAUACAAAAGGCCUUUGAUGAUACGCUAUAUUGGGGGCCCAGAUCAAACCCACAAUUUGAGACCAAUAUCACCAACCUUCUAGAGAAAUUCCGCGCGGCCCGUCAAAUCUCCGCCUCCGGCAAAAAGCCCCUCAUCAUACACGUCCACCAUAUUUCGGAGAAUCCAGAAUCACCACUCCGUCCAGGCGCUCCCGGUGUAGCAUUCCAAGACUAUGCCCUUCCAGACAAAUCGUCAUUUGAAGUCGUCAUCUCCAAGACAGUCAACUCGGCCUUCAUCGGUACGCCACUGGAGGCGAUCUUGCGCGAGCAUAAGAUACGCCGCCUCUAUGUUGCGGGCUUGACAACAGACCAUUGCGUCUCGACUAGUGUGAGAAUGGCUGGCAAUCUCAAGGUGACUGAUGUUUUCGAUGCGGAUGGGAAAACACAAGAGGAAGGUGAUGGGACUUUCCUUGUCGAAGAUGCUACGGCUGCUCAUGCGAAAGGUGGAUUUGAUGCUGAGCUGGUUCACGCUGUUCAUGCCGAGAGCUUGAAAGAGUUUGCUACAGUGGUGAAGACAAGCGAGGUGAUUGAAUCUCUGGAGUCGAUUUACCCAACUAUCUAG